AUGGCUCACCAUAAUAACAAUAUGACAGAUGCCCAUCUUCGGCGAGGACACCCUGUCACCUUUGGGCUGAUCAUCCUCAUUUCUUUAAUCGAGCUCAUCCUCUCUGCCUUCGUUGUGAACCGGUUUAACAAGCACCGCAAUGAAGUCAACUCGAGCGAGAAACACCGAACACGAUACACCCUCUUCGCUUCCAUCUGGACUUUCCUCCUCUCUACUCUCCUACUGUGGCAUUUCCAGCGAAGUCAGUCGCGCGGGAUGCCAUCCAACGAUCCGGCGGUGGCACCCGCUGGGGGUGCAGGGUACGGCGGUAAAGAGGUCGGUGCCGGACCAGGAACUGGGCGACGUGGGGGUAACGGGGGGAUUUUGUCGUCCCUCUUCGCCCAUCUUGCAUUCCUCGCCAUUACAUGGUGCAUCUGGUUUGCUGCCGCUGUCGUUCUGACCCACAUGUUGGGCGGCGGCGUCAACUGUGGCCUACCCAACCCAUUCGCAUACUGUCGCGUAAUCGUUGCGAUGGAAGCCCUCGCUUGGAUCCUCUUGGUAUUGCUCACAUUCGCGAUGCUCGUCGUUAUGGUCCGUGCCUGUACAUCAGGUAUUCGUCGGGCAGGCCACGGGUUACAUGGGACUGGAUCUGGUGCCGCCGCUGGAGAUCCUGCUCUCGCCCCAGCUGCACCUCCCGCUGCCUCCAGGGUAUAA